GGAAGGUUUGCUGCAGGAAUGUCAUGAUAGACCUGAGGGUUUUCAUUCUUCUCCAACUAUUUACUUUGCAGUCCACCAGCCAUGACAUCAGAGCCUAGACUACAUAAAUGAACUGAGGCAGAACACAUCUACACUUCUCUCCAGAGGAGGAGAAGAAAAAGGGAGGGAGAGUGGACUAAAGGAGAGCAGUGGACAGAGAUGAUGAAGAUGGACCAAAGAGACACGCAGCUUUUCUGCUCUAUGCUGUUCAUCACUCAGGUGUGGUGCCAGCUGUGUACCGGGCCAUGUCAGUGCCCGCCCAACGCGCCACGCUGCCCUGUCGGCGUACCCCUGAUGUUAGACAGCUGUGGGUGCUGCCAGGUGUGUGCUAGGCAGGAGGGUGAGGCCUGCACCAACCGGCUCCCCUGUGACACACACAGAGGGCUACAGUGUGAUUACAGUGCCAGCUUCCCCAGAGGGCCGGGACAGUGUGUCGGUCAGAAUGAGCUGGGCUGCGAGAUAAAUGGAAGGAGGUUGGAGGAGGGACAGGUAUUUCAACCUUCCUGUGCCCAGCUCUGCCAAUGCUUUGGGGGAGGGAUGACCUGCAUGCCCCUGUGUAGCAGUGAUCUGCAGAGGCCCGUUGAUAAGUGCCCCAACCCUCAGCUGGUGCGACCACCAGGGCGCUGCUGCAAAGAGUGGGUGUGUGAUAGCCUGGACAACAGCAUUUCCUCAAAUCCAUCAACAGCAGAGCAGGGGCGUCAAGACUUCGGGGGUGGGCCGUCCGGCCCGUUGUUUGGUUCAACCUCCAACUGUAUUGAGUGGACCUCAGACUGGAGCCCCUGUUCCCACAGCUGUGGCCCAGGUGUCUCCACCCGUACCACAAACAGGAACUGGGCUUGUCGUCUGCAGACUGAGACCAGACUGUGCCAGGUCAGGCCAUGCCAGGCUCUGCUACCGGGGCUUCGAAGGCUGCAGCCGGGUUCAGUGGUGUGUGAGAGCAGCUACAGUUCACCUCUGUCCGUUCAGUUUGAACACCAGGGCUGCUGGAGCACCAGAGCAUACCGUCCCAGGUUCUGUGCCUUGACCUGUCCGGAGGGACUCUGCUGCAGCCCCUCCCACACCAGGACGGCACGGAUUGUGUUCCGCUGCCCCCAAGGCAGGCUUACCCAGCAGCAGGUGAUGAUGAUCGAGUCCUGCUCCUGCAGCGUUACCAACUGCCGUCAAUCCCCAGUCACAGCUGGCAGGAGUGUCCGGUCUCCUGUGUGGCUGUGAGGUGUGUGUGCAUCCAUCUGCACACAGGAUGGGCAGAUCCUGUCUGUGAGAAUAAAAAUGAUCAGUCGUACACACACGACAAUGUGGCAGUGCAGGAAGUUGAGCCAGUGUUUCAAAAUUAUGGAAAUAUUACAAUCAGGAUGUGAAACUAUAAUAUUGAAUCCAGAUGUGCUGAUACAAGUUUUGUAAAUGUGCACUCACAUUUGAAAGUAAGACUCUCUGCUAAUCUGUAUUCAGAUUUAAAAACAUGAAGGUACAUUUAAAUCAUAUCACCAUACAGUAUCUCACCAUUUGAAUCCUGUCCACGCUUUGAUAAGCUCAGAUGCAAUGAGAUUAGAAAAUAAGUCCAUUUCUUUGUUGGGGGUUAGUCAAGGCUCACAAACCAACAGAAAAUACUCAGUUCCCCUCAGCUCUAUGGAGCAUGUUAAUGUCUUUCAGUUGAUUAUUUUGGUUUGGUGGCACAGUGGAACAGUGUACUACUACUGUAUAUAUACUUUACCCCACAUAUCACCCAGUGUUAGCUGGGAUUGGCUCCAGAUGCCUCGACCCUGAUAAGGAUAAGAGUUUAUGGACAAUAGAUGGAUGCUUUGGUCAGUCUCUUUGUUCUCCUAACCUUGUGUCCAGACAAACCCACUGUACACUACCUGUUCAACACCAAGUAGCAAGUAUAGUUAGUGAUUAGCUGACAUUUAUCAGGUCACCUGUCACACGUCUUCUAAUCAAUCCUGAUCGCCGUCUGCUUGAUGUGUAAAAAGGCAACUGUUAUAGCCACAAUGACUUUAUGAUUCCAUAAUAUCAGUCUUUGUUCAGGUGGCAAAAAGAAUAAAUUCAACUGCUGCUGUCAUUUUGCAGGUUAGAAGAGCGGCAGUUUGUAAAAGCUGAGCAUCCAGUGUAUGAUUUCAGAGAUGCCAUUGUUUAAUUCCAACUCGUAAUGUACGCGUAAAUCUGCGAUAUAAAGCUCAUACUUUACAUGUAAUAUAGAAAUUAAAACAGCCCGUUGGCCCUUGCAGAGCAUUUUGGCUCUUGACAAUUGUCAAUAAAGUUUUGUGUAAAAGUUCUAAAGCUGUAAAGAAAACAUGCUGUCUUGAUCAUCCAGUGUGCUGAUUAUUGAAACUGAUAGGAGGAGGAGGGAACAUGAGAAAGACACCAGCCAGCCUCCAUAUUUUUACUAUAACUUUGGGGAAUGGACUCAUUGUGACACACUGCUCAGAAACAGGCUCAGAUCAUAUAGUGUAUGCCCAGCUUGAGUCUUGGUGGUCCUGCUCAUCUGUCAAUCUUAGACUUACAUUCAUGCCACCUCAUCAUAGAUCUCAACACACAUUUGAGUUAGCCAAAAGUUGGACAGAACUUUCAGAUAACUGCACACUGAAUUGGGAGAGAGACGGCACAGUUAUUAGACACGUUUGUGCACUUUUUGUGUGUGUAAAUGUUAGGAUGAAAUUAAAAAACACUCUGAUUUAAUUUACAGGAGGACACUAACAGUGGACUGAUUCAUGUUUAAUAAAACUGACAGUAUCACUGUUUUGUUUUUAUUUAUGAGUAGAAUGGAUAUUAGCA